AUGUACGACCGAGUAGUUAAGAGCAAACACAAACAACGGUACAGUCAACGUAACAUGGAGCAAACAAUAAGAUCCAAGGCGGACACCCUAGCCAAAAGGAUGGGCGAAGUAGUGGACUCUUACGCGGAGGUUGGCAGGCCCGAGAAAACCGAGGAGUUGAGGGUGACUGGACUGAACGAGUCAGUCACCCCAGAGGAGGUAGUGGAGGCGGUCGCCAAGAAGGGGGACUGCUCCACCAACGAGGGGACCGCGAAAGGAAUGCACCCGGGACAGGGAGACACUGAUUGA